CAGAUGGUCUGGCUUCCGCCGUAGAAGCCAAUGCUCUGACGAAAGACCGGGAAAAUGGCCGUCGUGGUCUCUCCAAGUUUUCUGCAACUCCGAUCAACCUCUCUCUCUUCUAUUCCUUCAUCUUCUCCAUCCUCUUCCUCGUCGUCCAUCUCCAUAGCUGCUUCAACAGUUUCGAAGCUGAACGGAAGACCCAUUCGUUUCCACUCAGUGUCUGCUGAUGGACUAAGCAUCGACCUCCCCUUUGUCACCCCCAGAAGAGUGCUGUUGACACCGCUUGCUAAGGCGGCUGGCACUGAUGAGGUGAUUCUCGUUGAUAGUGUCGACUCUCUCUCAGACAGUAAUGAGGAUGAGAUUUUGGCUGCGGGGAAAGGCCUACUGGAUGCGAAGCUUCAGCGGAAGCUCGAGCAGAAGAUGAGGAUGAAGCUGACGAAGAAAGCCAGGCUCCGGAGGAAGAAACUUGUUCGGAGGCGGAGGAUGAGGAAGAAGAAGGGUCAGUGACCACCUUCCAAGGUCAAGUAAUCAAUUCCAGCCUGUCCUCUCACCGCUGUGCCUAUUGAUCUCCCUCUCUCUCUCUCUCUUCCAUUCAGAGUCAUGUCGAUAAAUCUGGCAUCUUCCAUGACUGUUGACGGUGGAUUUCUUUUUUUUUUUUGGGGGGUGGGGAGGGUAAAGGAAAUUUUUUUUUUUCGAUUCUUCAUGGAUAUGUCUACGGCUUUUGAAAAUUUUUGGUAGGAAACGGGGCAAGAUGCCCACGGUUUUUGAAAAUUAGUGAAGGGAAUGAAAUGAAUAUUCGAGUUUCUAUUUUUGUUAAUUAAUAGCAAUUGGGUCUACCCGCGAAAUUCCCGGUUGAAUUUGGGAGAUCUUCACUGUAAUCGGACAGGAAGUUGUUGGCGGAGAGAGAAGGGGAGAGAUAGAUAGAGAGAGAGAGAGAUAGAGAUGGUUGUCUGAGAGGGAGAGAGAGGUGAGAUGAGAAUAUUGAGGAGAGGGGUGAUCUGGUGAGAGGAUUGGGAGCAGGAGGCGCUGUUUUUGUUCCAAAAAAAAAAAAGAUGUGAAAGGACAAAAAAGAAGAACCAGAAAACACCACAGGCAGGAAUUCGAUCCGAGCUUCGUCGAGCCAACACAAUCGAUCGAAGGAGCAAGAAGAAGAAGAGCAAACUAGCGGGUGUUUUCGAGGACAAUUUCUUCGGGGUUGCCUGUCUUUGUUCUUUUUUCAUGUGCAGAUGAGAUUAUAAUAAAGGAGAGGAAGAGACAGACAGGCAGAAGAACAAAAACAGGGAACCUGAGCAUGAACAAAGUUCAUAGCUGGGCCUCUUCCUCCAUGGGGACGGCCUCCUCCACCAAACCCGCUCCAAGGAGGAUCUACCAAGUUUGGAAGGGUAACAAUAAAUUCCUCUGUGGUGGCAGACUGGUCUUAGGUCCUGAUGCAGCAUCAUUGUUGUUGACCUCAGUCCUCAUCGGAUGUCCCGCAAUCACAUUCUGCAUAAAAAUGCUUUUACUACUCAGAGUAGUCGAACCCUCCUUCGGUUACCCUGUGCUGAUUGUUGGAAUGAUCCUCACUCUUAUGUGCAGGACUUCACCUUCCUCUUCCUAACAUCUGGAAGAGAUCCUGGGAUAAUUCCGAGGAACAAACAGCCUCCCGAAUCAGAUGAAAUGGUGGACUCGACCACCCAAUCCAUAGAAUGGGUCAAUAGUAAAUCAUCACAACUGAAAAUACCUCGAACUAAGGAUGUCCUGGUCAAUAAUAUCACAGUAAAGGUGAAGUUUUGCGACACUUGUUUGCUGUAUCGCCCGCCUCGUGCUUCCCACUGCUCCAUCUGCAACAACUGUGUGCAGAGAUUCGAUCACCAUUGCCCCUGGGUCGGUCAAUGCAUCGCACUACGCAAUUAUCCGUUCUUCAUAUGUUUCAUCACUUCUUCAACCAUCUUAUGCAUCUACGUGUUCGUGUUCUCGUGGAUCAAUCUUCUUCGGCAAGGACGCGACUUGUGGGGUGCCAUGUCCCAUGAUGUUCUGUGGGUAGUCCUCAUCUUUUAUUGCUUCAUAGCCGUUUGGUUUGUUGGUGGUCUUACAGUCUUCCAUUUCUACCUUAUCGCAACGAAUCAGACAACUUAUGAGAAUUUCCGGUAUCGAUAUGAUAAGAAAGAGAAUCCAUACAGCAGGGGGAUGUUUCGGAACAUAAAGGAACUAUUCUUCUCUAAGAUCCCACCGUCGCUGGUUGACUUCCGAGCAUGGACAACAGAAGAUGAGGAAACGAUACACGGGUCCGUUGUAUUGGACGUUGAUAGAGGCUUUGUUCUCUCAAAAGGAAAGUUUGACCUUGAAAUGGGAGGUACUCUUGGGAAGGAUGGAAUGAUGCAUAUGCCAAGCAUUCUGCAGAAUUUGGAUUAUGUUGGAAUCGAUGAGAAGUUGAAGAGAAAGGAGGGAGGUGGAGAUAACAAGUUUGAUGCGUUUUAUUUCCCGCCCGAACUAGAGUCAAGAUUCUCGAAGAACACGCCGAGUACGAGAAAUGUUAGUGAUAAUAAGAAAAUGCCUGAUGCUCGGUAGCACUGUGUAUACCUGGCCACCUCACAGAGGUGCAGGUCAGAAAGAUUAUCUGGUACGACGAGCCUGUGCAUGCUGCUCCGGAAACUAGAGGUAAAAAUGAGAUGUUGGUGGUUUCAUUUGUACUCCGAAAUUAGUGAAGCAGUUUAUUCAAGUUAAUGCCUUCAUUCAUCCGUCUUGUCCCAAACGAGCUAUAACUUGUGGCCAAAAGAUGGUCUUGUUUUUCCCGGAAUUUAUUCAUCCCAGGGAAUGUAUAUCUGAUGUUACUGACUCGCCCCUUUUACUAUUCUCACCCAGUUUUGGAUGUCAGGCUUGUGUUUCGUAACCCGACCUCCCAAAUUCUCUGAUACUGGACAGAUCGAUAAUAUACUCAAUCUUUAAUUAUAA